AAACGACUUCUCCAGAGAGAGAGGGACAAGGGGGUUAAAAAAGGACAACGAAGUGGUCGUCGUCUUCAUUCUCCGCGCCCUUCUAUUGGAAGCUCUAAAGCCAAAAGCCAGUCUUCCCCUCUCCUCUUGUUACUGCUCAAUGGAAGGAGUUGGGGCCCGGCUGGGCCGGUCGUCAACCCGGUACGGGCCGGCGACGGUCUUCAGCGGACCGGUCCGGAAGUGGAAGAAGAUGUGGGUCCCCCUCUCCAACCCUAACUCCGCCGCCGCCGCCGCCGCCGCCGCCGCCACUGCCGCUGCCGCCGCCAACGGCGGCACCGCCACCAACAACAACCACUCCCACCUCGUCCUCUACAAGUGGACUCCCAUCUCCUCCCGGGGCAAUGGCAGCGCUGCCGCCCCCGCGGCCACCGGGAAGGACGCCUCCGCCGCCGCUCAGCCCGAGGAGCCGCCCCGGAGGAAGUUCCGAUACGUCCCGGUUUCUGUAAUUGAAGAGCAAAAGCAAGAGGCUGCUGUGAAGUUGGAGGAGGAGAACAAACCAAGUGAUGCUGAUCCAUCUGCACAGGCUGUCCAGUCUGAUCAGUCUGAUGGAAAACCUGAUAUGAAUGAUGCCUCAAUGGAAGAGGCUCAGGCUAUAAACAAGGAUGAAGCACCUGCAGAAGACAACAAGGGAACCGAUUUAAAUUUGAGCUUGGGUUUAAAUGCUCCAGAUGGUGAUGGUGAAAGUAAUCCAAAACUGGCAGAACAGGGUGAUAGCACUGGUCAACCGGAGAGAGUAAACUCAGGUGAGGAUGUAGAAAUGAAAUCUGGAACAAAUUCAGAAACUGAUAAUAAAUUAAAGAGGAAGGCCGUAACCCCUGACCUUGAAAUGAGAGUGUGAGUUACUAUAUCAUUGUUUCUUUUAUUUGAUCCUCUUGCAAGAGGCCUGAUACUGUGCCCUGAUUGAUGCACUGUCAUCUAUAUACUAGACACUGUUAACUGUCUUAAGCUUGCAAUAUUAUGCGAGCUUUGUGCUUUUUUAAAUGCUUUUUAUGCUCGUCAGGUAGCUCUAAUACCCUGAAAGAACUGCACUUAGUUUGCUAUUUAUAAGAUCAAACUUCAGUUCUGGAUC